AUGCUAGAACGCAAGUUGCUGCAGCCCAAGAACAUUCACCGGACAAACCGUCCAACCGUACCAAGCGGCGCCAUCAUGAAGAACGUCGCCGCUAUCGUUGCCAUUGUGGUUGCUGCUGUUGUUGUGGUCACCGAGGCCGGAUACAUCGCUCCGUACACGGCGUUGGACCAUGCCGUGCACCACUCCGGUGCGUACUACGACGACCACUACGCGGCCUUAGGCUAUGCGGCACCGUAUGCCGCGUACUAUGGCAACCCCUCCGGAACCUACAGCUACUGGGGCAGCCAUGGUCCGACGGUUGUGCAGGAGAACGCGGCCAGCCUAGCCCACCCGAUCGCGGCCCAUGCGCCCCAUGCGCCCCUAUACGCACCCUACUCCUCGCUCUAUGGGGCCUAUGGUGGUGCGGCAGUGAAGACAACCGUCGUGCAGGCCAACGUUGGAGAUAAACUGGCCAACCAUUGGGGUUACCCGACGGCCUACGGUGCAUACGGAUACGGUUACGCCCAUGGGUACGACAAGUACCUGACUGCUGGUACGGCCAUAGAGGCGCCCCUUGCCAAGUAUCUGUGGUAA